GCAUCGGUCUCUGCAGGUUGCGCGCUCCAGAAAAACGCAUGGGAUUGGUUUAAAACAGACGCAACAAGUUACAAGUAAGACCAUGUCUCUUUUAAAGAGAGAAAGUUCUCUGGUUGCCGAAAUGCGGGAAUAAAAUAACUGACCAGCGAUAACGUUUCAAUCAGAGUGUCACCUAUUUGGAUUGGCUCAUUUAUUUCUCUGAGACUCCGUGCGCAAAACUGAAUCAUGGUUUCGUUGCUGGAUUUAAGUGCUCUUGUUCUGCUGCUCGUAUGGGGAUACUGCGUCCUGGCAGACAUGGUCUUUACGAAUUUUACACUUGAUAACGAGGUCCACUCUAGUUUCAUCCACCGGCGCUUAAAGAGCCAGGAGCGACGGGAGAUGCAGCGGGAGAUCCUGUCCAUCCUCGGGUUACCGCACCGGCCGCGGCCGCACAUCCACGGCAAACACAACGCCGCGCCGAUGUUCAUGCUGGAUCUGUACAAUGCCAUGUCCACUGAGGGAGACGAGGAGGGCUUCUCGUACCCGUACAAACCCGUUUUCACCACUCAGGGACCGCCAAUCGCGACGCUACAGGACAACAACUUCUUGAACGACGCGGACAUGGUCAUGAGUUUCGUUAAUUUAGUUGAACAUGAUAAGGAGUUUUUGCCUAUACGGCGCCAUCACAGAGAAUUCCGAUUUGACCUGUCCAAGAUUCCAGAAGGUGAGGCUGUGACGGCUGCAGAGUUCCGGAUCUACAAGGACUUUGUUCCGGAACGCUUUGAAAACGAGACCUUCUGCAUCAGUGUCUACCAGGUGUUGGAAGAACAUUCAGACAGGGAUUCAGAUCUGUUCCUGUUGGACUCACGAGUGAUCUGGGCAGCAGAAGAGGGUUGGUUGGUUUUUGGCAUCACAGCCACUAGUAACCAUUGGGUUCUGAACCCAGGCAGGAAUCUGGGCCUCCAGCUUGCUCUGGAAAGUUUAGAUGGCCAGAGCGUGAAUCCAUGGGUGGCUGGGCUGGUGGGUCGAAGCGGCUCCCAGAGCAAACAACCCUUCAUGGUGGCCUUCUUCAAAGCUACAGAGGUCCACAUCCGCAGCAUCCGCUCUGCACAGGGUGGCAACAAGCAGCGCAAUCCCAACCGCUCGAAAACCGCCAAGGGCCAGGAGGCCCUGCGCGUAGCCAACAUUGCAGAGAACAGCAGUGCUGAUCAGAAGCAGGCCUGUAAGAAACACGAGUUGUAUGUUAGUUUUCGGGACCUUGGAUGGCAGGAUUGGAUUAUAGCUCCUGAGGGUUACGCUGCAUAUUACUGUAUGGGAGAAUGCGCAUUUCCUCUCAAUUCGUAUAUGAACGCCACAAACCAUGCCAUUGUACAGACGCUGGUUCACUUCAUCAACCCAGAGACGGUUCCAAAACCAUGCUGCGCUCCUACACAACUCCACGCCAUCUCCGUCCUAUAUUUUGAUGACAGCUCGAAUGUCAUAUUGAAGAAAUAUCGCAACAUGGUGGUCAGAGCGUGUGGCUGCCACUAGAGUCCUGUGAUAUACACACACUCACUCAUACACACAUUCAUUCUCAGUCUCUCACACCGUGUCCUAAUCAUACGUGAUGUCAUAAUAUGACAAGCGAUAAAAUAUAUAUUUUUCAAUGUUAAUCUGAGUUCUUAACCAGCCAUCUAUGUGAAAAGUGACAAUUGACUGGACAUUUUGUUGAUUUCUUGGUUUCUAUUUCUGCUGUAUUGCAGCUGUUAGCCCCACCCAUUGUUAUAUCUCAUUGGUCCAAAAGCCUGCUCCACACACUAUUCAAUGAAAUUAUAAUUUAUUAAAUAUCAAAUAUGUCCUGAUUGGCUCCAAUUGUAAUGCAUCGCACAGCAGUUUCCUAUUCAGACAAAUUGCUUGACAAUCCCAUUAUGUCAAACACACACAUAUGGAAAAACAGCAACACAUAAAACAUACAGUCACAUUUGACUGCUCCUUAUUAACAUACAAAAAGGAGCACUCAAAAGUCCUUUUAAACCUCUACAUAUGUAAAUCUCAGGCAAUUGGCCAAUCCCAGGAUCUUUUUAUCAUUGACAAUUGGUAUUGGCUCUUUGGAAUGUGCAAAAUGGUCUUAUGAGCACAACCAUUAAUAUUUUGAAUAUGGAAAAACGUGUGAAAUUAUGUCCAAAUAUUAUGUCUACCUUCUCUCUCUUAGAGACACAAAUAUGUGUAUCCACACAUAUACAUGCUCACAUGUACACACUUCUAUAUACUUGUGCUUUCUACUGUGUAAAUAGUUUUUCAAUGAAAGAAACAGAAAUGUGUAUUUAUUUUCCAUGUCUUCCUUUUUGGAGUAAAAAAAAACAAACAAACAAACCAAAAACAUUUCUUUUGG